GCCGCUGUGGCCUGUAGCUGCCUCGCCUCGCCGCUUUGUCUCCGCUGCUCUUGCCGUCCUUCCCGCGGCCCUCUGCGGGCGGGGCUGUUGGCUGUCGCUUUGCUGCUCCGCGACGGCGGCCUUGAGUCUCGCUCCCCCGGUGGGAAACAUAGAACUGGUUACUGGCCACCUUAGGCGGUGGGGUUUGAAUGAGAGCAGUGCCUCGGUAGGUCGUCAGAAAGUUACAGUCGCCCAUCUGAGCGUUUGUAAGAGAUGGAGGCAGGAGUGGUGAGGUGAGAGCCCCAGAUCUGAGGGUUGGUACUGAAUUGACAGCUGUGAUCGGGGACAGCCACUUAACCUGUUUGAGAAAGAAUUCUCUCCCGUACGGAGACCGAACCGGGUGAACUGUGCUGCCGCCUCCGCUUGCACGUUCUCUUGAGUUAUUGCGCUUCCUGACUUUGCAUUGCAUCGGAAGUGAGAAUCCAAUUCGAAAUAACGUCUAAAAAUCGCCUGGGGCUUUUUGAGCACACUGUCUUGUCUUAGAGUGAAAUUAGACGUGACUAGUCAUUUUUGAAAGAUGCUUUAAUUUUGUUUAAGCUGGCAUAGGCAAAAAACUUACUAGCUUUUAAGUUUUUCAUUGCUCUUCUCAAAAGUUUAGUGUGAUUUGUUUCAAAAUAGAAGUAAUAUUUUAAAGUUUGCUGGGUUGGUUGGUUGGUUUUGGCUUUGUUUUUAAGCUUACUUGGAAGAUGGUAGGGCUGGAAGUUAGUGGAGAAAGUAUGCUGAACUCUCCAUAUCCAGAUGAAAGUUUUAACUCCUUAACCGAGUUAGAUUGUGAUUUUGUUGAGAUGAAACACUGUAGUGUGCUUAGCAUCUAUGCCCGAGAAGACACCGAGUAUAUGCUUGCUUACAUAAUUUAAAUUUGAAAAUGAAGAACAAAUGUUGCCAGCAAUCAAAUUACAGGUUGAUUCUUCACCACACUGAAACCAUUAGGAAAAGUCCUUGUGGUUAACAGCAGAGGCUUCAGAGUGUAACCUGUACUCGGGCCUAGAAAUUAUUUAAAAUGGCGACUGAUACGUCUCAAGGUGAACUCGUCCAUCCUAAGGCACUCCCACUUAUAGUAGGAGCUCAGCUGAUCCACGCGGACAAGUUAGGUGAGAAGGUAGAAGAUAGCACCAUGCCGAUUCGUCGAACUGUGAAUUCUACCCGGGAAACUCCUCCCAAAAGCAAGCUUGCUGAAGGGGAGGAAGAAAAGCCAGAACCAGACAUAAGUUCAGAGGAAUCUGUCUCCACUGUAGAAGAACAAGAGAAUGAAACUCCACCUGCUACUUCGAGUGAGGCAGAGCAGCCAAAGGGGGAACCUGAGAAUGAAGAGAAAGAAGAAAAUAAGUCUUCUGAGGAAACCAAAAAGGAUGAGAAAGAUCAGUCUAAAGAAAAGGAGAAGAAAGUGAAAAAAACAAUUCCUUCCUGGGCUACCCUUUCUGCCAGCCAGCUAGCCAGGGCCCAGAAACAAACACCGAUGGCUUCUUCCCCACGUCCCAAGAUGGAUGCAAUCUUAACUGAGGCCAUUAAGGCAUGCUUCCAGAAGAGUGGUGCAUCAGUGGUUGCUAUUCGAAAAUACAUCAUCCAUAAGUAUCCUUCUCUGGAGCUGGAGAGAAGGGGUUAUCUCCUUAAACAAGCACUGAAAAGAGAAUUAAAUAGAGGCGUCAUCAAACAGGUUAAAGGAAAAGGUGCUUCUGGAAGUUUUGUUGUGGUUCAGAAAUCAAGAAAAACACCUCAGAAAUCCAGAAACAGAAAGAAUAGGAGUUCUGCAGUGGAUCCAGAACCACAAGUAAAAUUGGAGGAUGUCCUCCCACUGGCCUUUACUCGCCUUUGUGAACCUAAAGAAGCUUCCUACAGUCUCAUCAGGAAAUAUGUGUCUCAGUAUUAUCCUAAGCUUAGAGUGGACAUCAGGCCUCAGCUGUUGAAGAACGCUCUGCAGAGAGCAGUAGAGAGAGGCCAGUUAGAACAGAUAACUGGCAAAGGUGCUUCAGGGACAUUCCAGCUGAAGAAAUCAGGGGAGAAACCCCUGCUUGGUGGAAGCCUGAUGGAAUAUGCAAUCUUGUCUGCCAUUGCUGCCAUGAAUGAGCCGAAGACCUGCUCUACCACUGCUCUGAAGAAGUAUGUCCUAGAGAAUCACCCAGGAACCAAUUCUAACUAUCAAAUGCAUUUGCUGAAAAAAACUCUGCAGAAAUGCGAAAAGAAUGGGUGGAUGGAACAGAUCUCUGGGAAAGGGUUCAGUGGCACCUUCCAGCUCUGUUUUCCCUAUUAUCCCAGCCCAGGAGUUCUAUUUCCGAAGAAAGAGCCAGACGAUUCUAGAGAUGAGGAUGAGGAUGAAGAUGAGUCAUCAGAAGAAGACUCUGAGGAUGAAGAGCCACCACCUAAGAGAAGGUUGCAGAAGAAAACCCCAGCCAAGUCCCCAGGGAAGGCCACGUCUGUGAAACAGAGGGGGUCCAAACCUACACCUAAAGUCUCAGCUGCCCAGCGCGGGAAAGCUAGGCCCUUGCCCAAGAAAGCCCCUCCUAAGGCCAAAACUCCUGCCAAGAAAGCCAGACCCUCACCCACAGUCAUCAAGAAACCUAGUGGUGGCUCCUCAAAGAAGCCUGCAACCAGUGCAAGAAAGGAAGUAAAAUUGCCGGGCAAGGGUAAAUCCACCAUGAAGAAGUCUUUCAGAGUGAAAAAGUAAAUUUUAUAGGAAAAAAGGGUAUCAUGAUGAAAUUCAAAAUCUUAUUUUCUAAGGUCAGUGUGCAUUUGUUUAGUUUUGAUGCUUUUCAAAUUACAUUAUUUUCCUCCCCUAUGAACAUUGUGGGGAGGGACUAUAAAUAAACCAGUGUAGGCAUUUGCUAGCUUUAGGUGCUUUUCUUGGUGCCUGCCCUUUUCCUUGUUCAUUUUAAUUUCUGCAAUAAUCCUGGACUUUCCUCAACUAUGUAAUCUACACUUGUCUUUUUUGCCCCCUCCCCCAACCCCUAUUGUUUUUAUGGUCAGCUUUGCCUUUUUUUUUUCCUUCCAAUUUUAUCUGAACAGUUGCAAAGAUUUUUAUAUUUGUAGAAAGCAUCAAGAACGGUAUGUCAGUCAGGUCCUGGAAGUAAAAUGGAGGCGAAAUAUAGCACUGACUGAAUUGUAAAGCCUCCUGCCUGGAAACUUCAGUUAUAGCUGUAAUAAUUAAUCUUAUUUAUAAAAGCCACUCCACUAACCUUUCCUCUCCAACUAUAAACACAGAGACAGCUUUGGGAAUAAGCCAAAAACAGUGUGAUCUCAUUAGAUUUUGAAGAUACAUGACUUCUUGGGGUUAGUUUUCAUACUGAUCAAUUUCCAUGUAUUUUUCACUGGCCCAAAGUAUUGCAUUCCCUUAACAGCAAGCACAAGUUCUCUAUAUCACUUGUUUUUGUUGUUGUUGUUGUUGUUGUUAUUGUUGUUAUUUUGAGACGGAGUUUUGCUCACGUGCCCUGGAGUGCAGUGGCACAAUCUUGGCUUACUGCAACCUCCACCUCCUGGGUUCAAGCAAUUCUCCUGCUUCAGCCUCCCAAGUAGCUGGGAUUACAGGUGUGCACCACCACGCCUGGCAAUUUAUUUGUGUUUUUAGUAGAAAUUGGGUUUCGCCGUGUUGGUCAGGCUGGUCUCGAACUCCUGACCUCAGGUGAUCCACCUCCCAAAGUGCUGGGAUUACAGGAGUGAGCCACCAUGCCCGGCCUAUCCCACUUGGUUUUUGACUGAAGGGGAAGUAUAGAAAUAUGUUGAUUUGUGAUUUCUGGUGUCACCUGUGUUACCAAAAACCAAAACAAAUCUUUUUUUUUGAGACAGAGUCUCGCUCUGUCGCCCAGGCUGGAAUGCAGUGGCAUGAUCUUGGCUUACUGCAACCUCCGCCUCCCAGAUUCAAGCAGUUCUCCUGCCUCAGCCUCCUGAAUUGGGACUACAGGCGCAUGCCACCAUGCCCAGCUAAUUUUUUGUAUUUUUAGUAGAGAUGGGGUUUUACCAUGUUAGCCAGGAUGGUCUCGAUCACCUGACCUCGUGAUCCGCCCACCUCAGCCUCCCACAAUCCUGGGACUACAGAUGUGAGCCACUGCUCCCAGCCCAAAUCUUCUUGAUCAUAUGUUUAAAUAUAUUUUUUAAUAUUGGGAGCAUGAGUUGUCACUUCUUGUUUGCCUUUUUUAUAAGGAAAUGUUGGAGAGUUACAUCAUUGCUAAUGUAGAAAUGUUAAGUGGAAAAAUAUACAGUUUGGUAAAAUAGAUUCCACAUUUAUUUGUGGGUUUUUUUCCCCUCCUUUCUUUCCACAGCACUUUUGAUAUCAAGCAAGUGGCUUCCUUUUUGAGAUAUUAAAAACAAAAAAAAAAGGAAGAAAAGUAAAUGAAGCCCAACUACCUAACUCUUUCUUAUUUGUAUUUGUUUUAGUAUUGUGAAGUUGUGUUAAAUAGUACUAGCUAGAAAUACCAAUUUCUGGUUAUCAUUUCUCUUCCCUGUGGCACUUGACAUUUUAAUUGUCUUAAACUUUUUGAAGUACAUCUUCUGGCCCCUUGAGUACUGCCAGAGGCAAAAGAUGUUUGUUUCUUACUCAUUCCACUUUUGUCUCCUGGGAUCCCUUCUGUAGCCUAAAGUAUGGCUGGGAAAUGGACUUGAGAAGAUUGGCUUGAAUUAGAUCAUGAUCAUGUGUGAUCCCAUCAUGAGUUCAUUGGAAUUUGUGUUGCAUGUAAGGCAAUCUUUCCUGUUGUAAAUCUUCCUUUUUUUAUGUACAUAUAUUUUGAAAAAUAUGAAUAAACAUGAAAUUUUAAAAGCUG